ACAACAAAAAAAUCCAACGGCCAGGAAGUGAAUACUAUACUUAAAAAUUGCAUCUGAGUUUAUCUCGUAAGAAUUUUCUCUCCUUCUCUCUCUAAAAUUUUUUCAACGGCCGAGCCGACCGGUGCUGACGUGCUAGAGAGAAAUACACUUUCCCCCUCUUCGUUUCCAAUAAUCUCCUCUUAUUAGAUCUCACUCUCUCCUUCUCGAUCUGUAAUUCUCCAAUGGCUGCUGCACCUGCAAGAGCUCGUGCCGAUUAUGAUUACCUUAUAAAGCUUCUCUUGAUCGGCGAUAGCGGUGUGGGUAAGAGUUGCCUUCUUUUACGUUUUUCUGAUGGUUCCUUUACGACUAGUUUCAUUACAACCAUUGGAAUUGAUUUUAAGAUAAGAACAAUUGAGCUUGAUGGAAAGCGAAUCAAAUUGCAAAUCUGGGAUACUGCUGGUCAAGAGCGUUUUCGAACAAUUACAACUGCUUAUUAUCGUGGAGCUAUGGGUAUUUUGCUUGUGUACGAUGUGACCGAUGAAUCAUCUUUUAACAACAUUAGGAAUUGGAUCCGUAAUAUUGAACAGCAUGCUUCUGACAAUGUGAACAAGAUAUUGGUGGGUAACAAGGCAGAUAUGGAUGAAAGCAAAAGGGCUGUUCCCACCUCGAAGGGCCAGGCUCUUGCAGAUGAAUAUGGCAUCAAGUUUUUUGAAACUAGUGCAAAGACAAAUUUAAAUGUGGAGGAGGUUUUCUUUUCAAUAGCUAGGGAUAUCAAGCAAAGGCUUGCAGAUACUGACUCAAAGGCUGAGCCACAGACAAUCAAAAUCAACCAAGCAGAUCAGGCAGGAGGUGCCAAUCAAGCUGCCCAAAAGUCAGCUUGCUGUGGUUCUUAAAGAAGCCAUCUUGAAGACUGGGAUUGCGUAGCUACAUUCUCAGGCAUGAUGGAAACUAAUUUUGUUACAACUAUGUGAUUGGUGCUUGUAUUGUUGCCUCUCCUAUCAUUAUUUUUUAUGACUGUUCUGCACAUUUGGGUGUGAAUGCUAGGUCCUUAUUUGAGAAAUUAAAUUAAAUUAUAUUUUAGAUCAUUUUCCCUCAACUUCCAUUUGAUUUCUUCUUUAAUGUUGAUAAUAGCUUGGAAGCAA